AUGGAAACCAAAUCGGAUGUUUCUACUCAAUCUAAAAAUCGAACUAAAGCAAAGGUAAAAAGUAGAUCAAAUGGUACAACUACAAAUACCAAAACAAUUAAAACGCCAGGUACUAGGGUUGAAAGAGUAGCUCAGGCAUGUGACAGAUGUCGUGCAAAGAAGACUAAGUGUGAUGGUAAAGUACCAACUUGUUCGAGUUGUGCAGCAGUCGGGUUUAAAUGUAUUGUGUCUGAUAAACUAUCAAGAAGGGCAUUUCCCAAGGGUUAUACCGAAACAUUGGAGGAAAGAAUUCGCCAACUUGAAAUAGAGAACAAAAAGUUGGUUGGAAUCCUCGAUUUACGAGAUGAACAGCUUGAUAUGCUAAAUACUAGAAUGAAUGGUCAAGAUUCUAGUUUUGACGAUAUACGAUCGAAUGGUUCAAUAAAGGACAACGACAUGCAGCCAGUUACAUAUUCGAACUUGUCUCUUUUGGAUAAGCAACACACGGAAAGGCUUCACGAGCACGAUGAUGGCUGUCCUUGUGGCUGUUCGAACUCUCCCCAUUCGAUGCAUGAGAGACCGGUUUCUAUUGCAGGAUCAAUAUAUGAUACGAAUACUGGCCAGGUAUCUGUUCCAGGAUCUAUUAACUUAAGUGAUGAUGACGAUAAUGAGAGUAUUCUCAGUGGUAGCGAUAUACUGCUGAUUUAUUCUCUGAAUAAUAAAAUGCUACUAAAUGCCAAUAUUGCGAACUUAACUAGGGCAGGCCAUAAUAUUGGGGGUGAAGCUAAUCCAGCACCAGGUGCAUUCGCCGCUGCAACGGCGAUUGCACAGAUGCAAAAAGAUCAACCUUUAUCUCAUCAACAGCAAUUAGAGCAUAAAGAACGAAGCAAAAAGCAAAUGCUAACAUCCUUAGUGGCAAUGUCAAUUCCAAGAAGUACUGAGGAAACUUUAUUUAUUCCUACCCUUUUAUCUAAAAUUUGCCAGGUUCAUGGAUAUGAUUCAAAACCAGCAAUACUAACCGCAAAUGCUAUAGCUUCAUUAAAAGAAAAUACCAAUGAGGCUAUGAUAAAUGAUUCAUCUUCUGAAGGGAGAAACGAUGAAAUUCUACUUAAACUAAUAAUGAAUAGGUCAAAUUUACAAAAAUUACCAGAAUCGGAAGCCAUUUACUUCAUUAGGAACUUGGUUAGUUUACCAAAUUCCAGAAUAGAUUUGGAUCAUUUGAUAACUGUUUAUUUUCAAGAUUGGGGAAAUGCGUUUCCAAUAAUUGAUAAGAACUCUUUUUUAAAAAAAUAUGUGAAAUUUACUGAGUUAUUGGAACUGGGGCUGACUGACUCUUUUUCCAACGAUGUGUCUUCAGAGCCAAUCGAGAAGUUUGCGGUGCUUAUGAUAUUAAUUUUGAGUUUAAGUUUAUUGUCUAAUAAGCAUAGUCAUAUGUCAUCUAAAAGUAAUAUAGAUCUGCAUGAUAUUGCUAAGAAAUAUGUAUCUUCUUUGAAUCAUUAUGACUAUCUUAUUCACCAGUUCAUAAAUCCAAAUUGUAUAAUGACGAAGUAUUGCUCCAUUCAAUCUCUUCAAAUCCUAUCCCUAGCAUUGCAAUAUUGUCUUGUUAUUGGUGAUAUUACAACCUGUUAUGAAUUAAGAUGUAGGGUUAUCACAAUGGCACAGCAGUUAAGAUUACAUAGAUGCCCUGCCGCAGUGUUGGGUGUAACAGGGAAUAACGGUGGAAGUGUUCAUUUACAGAAUUUCAUGCAGGGUGAAAGACGUAUUUUAUUCUGGUGUAUUUAUUGCCUCGAUAUUUAUUCAUCUUUAAGUUUAGGAGUUCCAAGGUUAUUGAAAGAUUUUGAAAUUGAAUGUGCAUUACCUUUUGCUGGGAAAAAUGAUGACGAUAAUGACGAUAAUGAAAAUAUUUUGAUUGUAAACAAUACCAAGUUAUCUAUUGUUGGUAAGGUUUCUAAAUUUGCUUUAAGUGUUAUGUUGUAUUGUAAAGUCCUAGGUAGAAUUUUGGAUUCUAUAUUUGCAAGAUUUGAAAAUAUAGAUGGACAGAAUAAAGCUUUGGAUCAAGAACGUAUGCUUGAUUGUUGGAGAAGGGAGUUACCUGUUGAUUUGAAAUUUGAAAUUGAUGUUAACGGGUUUUCAUUAGCAGAUAGUGACUCUUCAAAUGAAGUAGAAAACAGUACUUGGAAGAACUAUAGUAAACAACAAUUAACCCUAAUUUUCCUUUAUUAUCAUGCAAAAUUUUUGAUGUACUUACCAAUAAUAUCAAAGUACGGUAACCACUAUAAUGUAGGGUUACUGCAAAAAGAACAAUUAACAAAAGAGAAAGGGGAUGUCGGGGCAAUUGUUUCAAGUGUCAGCAUGAUUCAGCAAUCAUCCACAAGGAUUCUUGAAGUAUUGAAGAGUUUAUCCAAAUAUUCAUCUUCUUACGUUUUACCCAUUCCUAUUAAUAUUUCGAGGCAACAAGCAAGAUUUGCACUUUUAGUAGCUAAGGGAAGCCUUGACUAUAUAAAGGGAGGUCCAUUAUACCAAAAUCUGAAAGCCUUGCUAUUAGAUACGAUUGCCUAUUUAUCAGCGGAAACUAAUCACGAAAUACCUGGAGGAUUGACGAAGAAUUCCGUCAAACUUUUAGAGUUCGCUAUUUUAAGUAUUUUUGGCUUGAAUUUGAAUAAGACCCCACAAAAUAUUAAGAAAAAGCCAAAUCUUUCUAAUGUUCCUAUAACGAAAAUGGCAGUUGCAAGGGAACCUGUAUCACAACCUGAUACUUAUAACAAUAGUUUUAUUCGACCUAAACACAUUUCUUCGAAGACUCCUUCCCCAAAUGUGUUUGAUAAGAAUACUUCGCCACAAGAUAAUAAUAAUAAUAUUAGUAUUACGAAGAAUGAAGAUGAAAUUUCAAUUCAACAACAAGAAUACGGAAGCUAUUUUAGUCCUUUGGACCCAGAAGGCUCACAAAAUAAUACUAACGGCUUAUUUAAUGACGAUGGUCAUGAAAACCUUGAAAGUAUACUAAAGUUCGAUCCUUUCAAGGUUACUUUGAACAGUCAAUUGAUGAUGAAUGAAUUUGCAGCCGAUGGAUCUUUAGGUUUGGUACCUUUUUUGGAUAUGAGCAAUUCUACGAUUGGAGAUGAAGUUUCACUGUCAUAUGAUGAGUCUUCACAGGUGAAAUUAGAAAGCCUGGACCCCAAACUUUCGGAUAACCAGUAUUCUAGCUUCUUUCAAUGGCCAUAG